UCGAGAUCUUGUACUUUAUUUCUUUAUUUCUGACUGCAUCAGACCCUUCAAAAACAACAAUUUCAAAAUUGUAUUUUGAUUUGGUAGAGUCUGGACAGUAUGCCACUUUCCCUUGGGCAAAUGAGUGUUUUAAUUUAACACUCAAAUCUUGCAAUCAAAAAUUCAAAAAAAAUCCAUCGUCAUUCAAAUUCAGCCAGUUCCACAUAGCACUGCAGAUGUGGUUUUAUGAGUGUUGUCAUCCAUUUGACAACACAAUUGCUAUACGUGUUUCAAAUCGCACACCGAGAAUCCUGAACUGGAAGACACCAAAUGACGUCAUUUUUUUGACGAUUUGAAGAAAACAAUUUUCAGAACACAUGUGAAUCAUGUAUUUUUCUUACAAUGUUAUUACAUUCAUUAUACAAAUUUUUUUGCUGCAGCAUAAAUUCAGAAAUAUUGUCUUCUCUGAAGAGUUGUUAAAUCUAAUGGACGAAAUCAUUUUAAAUCAGUCCAGCAGCCACCAUGAUUCAGAAAAUUCCAGAUCAUCGGAAAAUCGUGCAGUUGAUAGUGAACAUAAAGUUCAAAAAUUGAGAGCUGAUAUUGCAGAGGUUAAGGCAGAGUUGAAAGAACUCAAAAUCACUGUUCACAACCACAUGACUGAUAUCAAGAUGCAUGUUGAUAACUCCACCAAAAUGAUAAUUGAUGAGAUUCGAUUGUCAAGAGGAGAACAAAUACCCGAAGAACAACCAGAGUUUGGGUCUUCCUGCUUCUCUUUUUGGACCAGGCGGCAUCAAUUUAGAUCUGAAAUAGAACUUGGUAUAUCCCAUGUACUCUCGCACGGGAUAGGCUCGACAGGAAUGGAAUAAGCAUCUUUGAAAUUCUUGAGGCUAUAAAAAGCAGAACAGAAAUCUGCUUCAUGUAACUUCCUGUACCGGAGAACAGCAAUUGCAUGACCACACGGUAUCUCAUAAUAUUGAAAUUUUCCGCAAUUACACAUCCUUGUGUUCAAAUUUACUAUGUAUUUCUUUGUUCCUUCAGCUACAGCAUGCAGAUCAACAGUUGAAGGUAUCACCUUUGAAAAAAUAAAAAUUUAUACAUGCUGCAGAUUAGUAUGAAUUAAAAAUACAAUAUAGUGAAACACAUACCCUCAUAUUGCACGACAAUGUAAUACUUUUCUGUAGAUAAAUAUCAUAUUUUUUUGUCAGAUUAGAUGUAGUCUUAUUAGCCUCCUCAUUAUGCUUGUGAAUCCACCUCUCAAUUGUCACCCUCAUAAACUCAAGAAGUGAAAUCACCGGUAACCUCCGUGCUAAUCUGUUAACAUUAUUCAAUGACUCCGCGAUGUUUGAAGUCAUGGUCCAUGUGCGCUUACAAUUCGAGUAAGCUCUUGACCAUUUGCUAUAACCAAUA